CAGCAGUGGGCGGGCGCCAGACGGCCGUUAUAAGGCGGCGCGAGGCGGGCGGGGCCAAGACUUUCCACCCAGAAUGUCUGCGAGUCAAGAGAGCCGAUCUAGAGACAAUGGCCCCGAAGGCAUGGACCCCGAUGGUGUCAUUGAGAGUAAUUGGAAUGAGAUUGUGGACAGCUUUGAUGACAUGAACUUGUCAGAGUCGCUCCUCCGAGGAAUCUACGCCUACGGCUUCGAGAAGCCCUCUGCCAUCCAGCAGCGAGCCAUUCUCCCUUGCAUCAAGGGUUAUGACGUGAUUGCCCAAGCCCAGUCCGGAACUGGGAAAACGGCCACUUUUGCUAUUUCCAUCUUGCAGCAAAUCGAGCUAGACCUGAAGGCCACCCAGGCACUUGUUCUGGCCCCCACAAGAGAGCUGGCUCAGCAGAUCCAGAAGGUGGUGAUGGCCCUGGGAGACUACAUGGGGGCUUCCUGCCACGCCUGUAUAGGUGGGACCAACGUCCGCGCGGAGGUUCAGAAGCUACAGAUGGAAGCUCCUCAUAUCAUCGUUGGGACCCCCGGCAGGGUUUUUGACAUGCUGAACAGGAGGUACCUGUCACCCAAGUUCAUCAAGAUGUUCGUGCUGGAUGAGGCAGACGAGAUGUUGAGUCGGGGGUUCAAGGACCAGAUCUACGACAUAUUCCAGAAGCUUAGCGGAAACACACAGGUGGUCCUGCUGUCUGCCACCAUGCCCAUGGAUGUCUUGGAAGUCACCAAGAAGUUCAUGAGGGAUCCCAUUCGAAUCCUAGUGAAAAAAGAAGAGCUGACCUUGGAGGGUAUCCGGCAGUUCUACAUCAACGUGGAGAGAGAGGAGUGGAAGCUGGACACGUUGUGUGACCUGUACGAGACCCUCACCAUCACCCAAGCAGUCAUUUUCAUCAACACCCGGAGGAAGGUGGACUGGCUGACAGAGAAGAUGCAUGCCAGGGACUUCACUGUCUCGGCCAUGCAUGGGGACAUGGACCAAAAGGAGAGAGAUGUGAUCAUGCGGGAGUUCCGUUCUGGCUCCAGCCGUGUUUUGAUCACCACAGACUUGCUGGCUCGUGGGAUUGACGUGCAGCAGGUGUCUCUGGUUAUCAACUAUGACCUGCCCACCAACCGUGAGAACUACAUCCAUAGGAUUGGGCGAGGGGGCCGUUUUGGCAGGAAAGGUGUGGCAAUCAACAUGGUGACAGAAGAAGACAAGCGCACCCUUCGUGACAUCGAGACGUUCUACAACACCUCCAUUGAGGAGAUGCCCCUGAAUGUGGCUGACCUCAUCUGAGCUGCCUCUAGGGGGGGCUGCUGUGCUCACCCACCCCCCUCGGGGCACAGAAUUCCCCCCGUUUCUACUUUUGAGUUUUCUUGCCUUUUGAAUAAAUGUCACUUUUUUGGAGGCAAAAAUGAAACCUUUUUAGUGUUUUUCCUGGCGCUUUUUCUGUCUUUCUCUGCCCUUCUCCCUCGUGACUUCAUCUUGUAGUUCGGUUGUCCAGCUGCCCCCUCAACCGCGGGAGCCCAGCGGCCCCCUGAGGUCAGGCAGGGGGAGUGGAUGGAGGAGCUGGAGCCCCCCCCCGGCUUCAGCUCUCUCCUCCUCUUGGCUGGGUUGCUCCCCCCCCCCCGGCACAAUGACAAGAGAGAUUUUGUAGUCUUUGGAAUCGACCUUUGCCAGAAUUGUGGUGCUAACGAAAAAAAAGCUUGAGAAUCUAAAACCUACCUCACUAAGAGUCAUGGUUUUCUUCUCUCCCUGCCUAAAAUCAGCGGUUCAAACAAAUUGCCAAGAGACCUUCCCUCCAUAUGAGAACGAAACUUUUCCCACCAUGCUUUUUUUAAAAAAAAAUUGAAAACUUUUUUCAUAUGGCAAAAAAUUAGUGCGUGCAACCUUACUUUUUUGUAUAGCUAUUAUUUAUUCAAAAGGAAAGUUACAGUGACCAAAAUAAAGGUGAUCUUGAAAAACUCA